AUGGAUCAGGAGCAUCACAGUGUCCAGCUUAUCCGUCGAAACAACUACCGCAAUGAAGUGAAAACACGCAAAGUGGAUGAAAUUACACAACAAUGCAACUCGCUACAUUGGGAAGCUUCGCUGGGUAAACUGAACAGCUUGGUACUUAUGAAACCCUAUCUACCAAUGGAGAGAAGAACAUCGGAACUUCUAGCGAAAGAAGGAACCCAUAAUGACGAAGAAGCUGUGGAAAUGAACAAAGAACGUGUAGCACAGCGAAUGGAAAUGAAGCACAUGGGAAUCUCGUACGGAACAGAGUCAAAAGCAUCAGUUCUCAUGGGAUCAGCACUCCUCGCUGUCAUCUCCUACAUCUGCUGCAGCGAUCAUUUCAACAAAACGAUCAAAAACAACACACGCCGCCUCGAUUGA